GUAAGUAUUUACUCACAAAAAAUCCUAAUUUACUUUUUCGGAUAAAUUGUGUGACCGUUAUGAUAAUUACCCGUUUGUUUUGUUGUUGUAACUUUUUAAUUUUUAGAGGAACGGUCUCUUCCAAAAAGUCAAGAACAGGUCUUUCGGUUUCAAUGGAUGUCGAGCUCCACUCUUUGGCUCGCUUACUCCAAUCUAUUAACACCCCUCAAUCGAUCCGUCAAGGCAAACAGCUCCAUCUCCUGUUCCUCAAAAAGGGUCUCCUUAACUCGACUGUUUCUCUAGCUAAUCGGCUUCUUCAGAUGUACGUCCGGUGUGAUAGCUUUAGUGAUGCUCACAAACUGUUCGAUGAAAUGUCCGAGAGAAACUGCUUUUCCUGGAACACAAUGAUAGAAGGCUAUAUGAACUCCGGGGACAAGGGAAAAUCGCUGGAACUGUUUGACUCAAUGCCCUGUAAGAACGAUUACUCUUGGAAUGUGGUUGUUUCUGGUCUUGCCAAAUACGGUGAUGUUGGAACUGCUAGGAAACUGUUUGACGAGAUGCCGAGGAGGGAUGGGGUGGCAUGGAAUUCUAUGAUUCAUGGUUAUGCUAAAACCGGGCGUUCUAUUGAAGCUGUCAAACUGUUUGGGACAUUGAGUAGGGAUCCUUAUGAAAGAUCAAGCACUGAUAGUUUUGUGUUAGCCACUGUUAUCAGGGCUUGUACCGACUUGGGAGCUAUUGCCUGUGGCAAGCAACUUCAUGCACGGAUUCUAAUCAAUAGUGUGGAAUUUGAUACAGUAAUGGCUAGCUCAUUGACUAAUUUCUAUGCAAAAUGUGGUGAUUUAGAUAGUGCACAUUUGGUUCUGAAUACGAUGGGGGAUCCUGAUGACUUCUCUCUCUCUGCAAUGGUCGCAGGAUAUGCUAGUCACGGGAGAAUGGAAGAGGCCCAGAGACUACUUCAAAAGACGAGUAAUCGGAGCACUGUGGUUUGGAAUUCAUUAAUUUCUGGAUAUGUUGCCAAUGGUGUCGACAAGGAAGCAGUAAAAUGUUUCAAUCAGAUGAGGGCAAGAGAAAUUCGGCUAGACUCCUCCACAAUCGCCAGUAUAUUAAGCGCCUGUAGUACUGUGGGGAACUAUAAUCUUGAUACACAGAUUCAUGCAUAUGCUAGUAAAGCUGGGUUGAUGGCUGAGGUUGUUGCUGCUUCUGCCCUAAUCGAUGCUUACUCAAAGAGUGGAAAUGCAUACAAAGCAUGCAAAUUGUUUACUGCGCUCAAAGUAUUUGAUACAGUCUUAUUGAACUCCAUGAUCACAAUAUAUAGCAACUGUGGUAGAAUUGAAGAUGCAAAGCAUAUCUUCCAGACAAUGCCAUUCAAAACCUUGAUAUCUUGGAACUCAAUGAUUGUGGCUUUGAGCAAAAAUGGUUGCCCAAUGGAAGCUUUGAAUAUUUUCCUUGAGAUGAAUAAGCUCGGGUUGAGGAUGGAUGAGUUUAGCCUCGCUAGUGUUGUCAUUGCCUGUGCUGAUGUCUCCUCCAUUGAACUUGGAGAGCAGGUGUUUGCUAGAGCAACUAGUAGUGGUCUUGACUCCAAUCCUGCCGUUUCUACCUCCCUUGUUGAUUUCUACUGCAAGUGUGGGUUUGUAGAAAGUGGGAGGAAAAUAUUUGACGCGACGGUGAAACUUGACUCGGUAUGUUGGAAUUCGAUGCUGAUGGGUUAUGCUACCAACGGCCAGGGAACAGAAGCGCUGACACUUUUCAAUGCAAUGAGAGACAACUGUGUGGCACCAUCCGGGAUUACAUUUACAGCCGUUCUUUCUGCCUGCGAUCAUUGUGGAUUGGUCGAAGAAGGAUGGAAAUGGUUUCAUGAGAUGAGGCAUCGGUAUAAUAUUGACCCAGGGAUUGAGCACUAUUCCUGCAUGAUCGACCUCCUGGCUCGUGUUGGAAGGAUAGAGGAAGCGAUGAAACUUAUUGAUCGUAUGCCUUUUAAGGCAGAUGCUUGCAUGUGGUCCUCAGUUUUGAGAGGGUGUGUUGCGCAUGGAGAUAAUGACCUUGGAGAGAAGGUGGCAGAGCGGAUCAUUGAGCUCGACCCAGGGAAUGCUAGUGCAUACACACAACUAUCUGGAAUAUUUGCCACUUCUGGGAACUGGGAGAGUUCAGCCGUGAUUAGAGAUAUGAUGAGGGAGAACCAAAUAAGAAAGCUUCCUGGUUAUAGUUGGGGUGAUCGGUAGGUUAUGCUAGAUAUGCACUCUGUACAGCCUCUUGAAAUGAAAGCACCAGCAGGUUCAAGUGUUUUAAAGUUGACAGCAGAUUGAGAAAGAACUCAGAAAAUGACCCCAACUUUGAAGAUGUUCUUCAGUAAUAUCAAAGGUCAGGAUAUUACACCAUUGAAAAUUUGCUGCUAUGAUGAUAGAUUGUUACUUAUAACUCGUAAAUUGUCUCUCAGGUUCUUAGAGACUGAUUUUUUUCCCGUAUAGAAGAUGCUGUAUUUCGAGCAUCUACUGCAUUAACAAAGAAAACUGACUGCAAUUUUAUGCUAGGAACAAGACAGAGAGGGUAGCCCCGAUUGAAGAAGAAAGUCGAGCAGGGUGCAGGGGCUUGCUCUCACAAGUUGACCUCUUCUGAAGGUUGGUGAAGGGGGAUUGUCUGUGCCAUUCAUGCUCCGUUAUAAUAUAGAGUUCCAUUUUCCACCUUCUGAAGAAAUCAGAAUAUAUUAAGAUGAAGUUCACCGUGGUAGUUGGCGAGAACGCUGUCUAGUUGCUUUUAUUAUAGGUUGAUUCAGUCAUCGUGAUCGCAGAGCUGGCUGCAGAUUGGCAAGCUGCCGCCGGACUCCUUCCUGAUCCUUGUCCCAAUCAGUUUUCUUUGAAUUGGUUAACUUGAGAUAAGGGUGUUCAGAGGUUUAGAAAAUUAGAGGUAAGAGCUAAACCCUUGAGGGGAUUGCAGACAAUGGCAGGUAUAUUCUUUUUACACAGGCAUAGAUUAUUGCUCGCGUGAAGCGAUCUGGGCUGUCCAUUGAGGGGCACAAUAUAUUAGACAAAGGUUGCCUUCUUUUUAUUUAUUUUUGUGUUUAUUAUUUUAGUGUUUUAUCAGAGUUGGUGACAUUUUUUAUUAUUAUUUUUUUUUCUUUAAGAGGAGGUUGAAUAUAUUUGAAUUUCAGGGAGGAAAAAGGCAUUCCAAGUUGGAAAACGGAAGAUAGAAGAAGACAAGACAAAAUCAGAGGAGAAGUCAUUUUCUGAUUUCUGAAAUGUUUGAUUAAUAAGGAUUCUCACAAAACGUCAAGAACUUUGAAUUAAAAUUAAAAAAAUAGGACAAUGAUGUUGGGAUUUUAUAGUCAGGAGCUGCCUGUAUUUCAGCUGUCGUUUUAUCCCAUUUUUUCCUGUAGUGGACUUGUCGUUUUUCUUUGCUUCCGAUGCAAGGAAGGUUGUUCGCAACCCUCCACUAUUGUAUCCUAUGCAUUGGUGGCAAUUUGAUGUCAUUGCGGGAUAAUAACAGCUUAAAAAGUCU